GAGCCAGAACAUGACCCAGUGCUCAUAUGGGGUGCUUGUAUUGCAGACGGCAGGUUUACUUGCUAUGUGACAAUGCUGGCCCUGUUUUAUGGGAACUUCCAAAUGAAAUUUUGAAGUUGUAUGCAUUGUAGUUUGCAUGUAAUUCAACUUUCUGCCAUACUUACUGAUAUAUAUCAGCAUUUGAUGUAGGACAAAUCAGAAAACACAAUGGCUUAACAAAUAGCCAGUUGAUUUGCAGUUCUGACUCUGUGUUUUGGGCUGUACUCAGCUGGGCAGUUCCUAUGAUCAGUCCAGGAGCAGAAAUGAGAGUUCAGCCAUUUGGGGAACUGAUUGAGGCUUCACUUAAGUGUCUGGGGUUUGUGGUGAAUCUUGGCUACAUAUUAUCUCUUUCUUUUCUUUUUUUGACAGGCUGAGUUAGUGAGAGAGAGAGAGACAGAGAGAAAUGCCUUCCUUCCAUUGGUUCACCCCCCAAAUGGCUGCUAUGGCCAGUAUGCUUUGCUGAUCCAAAGCUAGGAGACAAGCACUUCCUCCUGGUCUCCCAUGUGGGUGCAGGGCCCAAGAACUUGGGCCAUCCUCCACUGCCUUCCCAGACCAAAGCCGAGAGCUGGACUGGAAAAGGAGCAACUGGGUCAGAACCAGCACCCCAACUGAGACUGUCACCUGGAAUACCAGUGCCACGGGCGGAGGAUUAACCUAGUGAGCCAUGGCACCAGCCUACAUACUAUCUCUUCAACAGGCAGGCCCCAGGGUUUUUCAGAAGAUAACUGUCAGAAAAAGAAAAGCUGAGAAGGCAAAUACUUUACAAAUUGUCUAUUUCUGGGGCUGGUUCUGUGACAUAGCAAGUAAAGACACCGCCUGCAGUGCCAGCAUUUCAUAUGGGUGUCAGUUCAUGACUCGGCUGCUCCACUUCUGAUCCAGCUCUUUGCUACAGCCUGGGAAAAACAGUAGAAGAUGGCUCAAGUCCUUUGGCCCCUGCUCCCUUGUGGGAGACCUGAAAGAAGCUCCUGGUUCAUAUCUUUGGAUCUACACAGCUCCAGCCAUUGCAGCCAUCUGGGGAGUGAACCUGCAGUUCGAAGACCUCUCUUUAUUCCUCCUUCUCUCUCUCUCUCUCUCUCUCUCUCUCUCUCUUUUCUCUGCCUCUCCUUCUCUCUUUGUGUAACUCUUUCAUAUAAAUAAAUAUUUUAACAAAUUGUCUAUUUCUAUCACAUUUACUGGUAUCUCAUGGGGUAAAUCAAUUGAAAUGGUGAAAUUCAUGGUCUUUUUCAAAAAGAUUUAUUUAUUCAUUUGAAAGAGUUACACACAGAGAGAGGGAGAGGCAGAGAGAGAGAUAGAGAGCUCUUCCAUCUGCUGGUUCAGUCCCCAGUUGGCUGCAAUGGCCAGAGUUGUGCCAAUCCAAAGCCAGGGUCCAGGAGAUUCUUCUGGGUCUUCCACAUGGGUACAGGGGCCCAAGGACUUGGGCCAUCUUCUACUGCUUUCCCAGGCCAUAGCAGAAAGCUGGAUCAGAAGUGGGGCAGCUGGGAAUCAAACCAGUGCCUAUAUGGGAUGCCAGUCUGCAGGUGGCAGUUUUACCCACUAGGCCACAGUGCCAGCCCCAAUCCAGGGUUUUGUGAAGGGAUGAAUACAGGGAAAGGUGCUACUUGGAAUCAUUACUGGUAAAGUGCACUGCAUUAAAUAUACAUUAUGUGUAUUUGUUAACUUUCUUUAGUAUAAACUUUAAUAACAACAUAAUGUUUAUCUCUGAUAACCUUAUUCAUUUGAACACUCAACUUUUCUUUUUACUUUUACAUUAUUAUUUUACAAAAUUUGUAGAUAAUGCUUUUGUUAAACCAAUGAUAACUUCUGUUUAAUCUGUGCCACUUAAUAUAGGUGGAUGCAUUUUCCUAUAUAUUUCUAUUUUUACAGAAUUAUUCCUCCACAGUGAAGCUGAUGUUUUCUUGGUUAAUGUAUUUAUUAUUCUUUAUUCAUUCUAUUAUAUCCUUUUUUUCCCCACUGUUCAGUGCAGAAGGAAACCAGAGGGUUUUUUUUUUUUUUAAAGAUUUCAUUUAUUUAUUGAAAGAGUUGCAGAGAGAGAAAGUCUUCUAUCUGCUGGCUCACCUUCCAAAUUACUGCAAAGGCCGGAGCUCAGCCAAUCCAAAGCCAAGACCCAAGAGCUUCUGGGUCUCCCAUGCAGGUGCAGUGGCCCAGGGACUUGGACCAUGUUCCACUGCUUUCUCAGGACAUAGCAGAAAGCUAGAUUGUAUGUUGAGGAGGCAGUACUCAAACCAGACCCCAUAUGGAAUGCUGGCACUGAAGGCAGCAGCUUUACCCAUUAUGCCACAGCGUUGGCCUCUAGAGUUUUCUUUGAACUCCUGCCAGGGAGACAAAAGGAUAUAUCUUCUUUCUAGUGUUCAUUCCCCAAAUGCCCACAAUGGCUGGGACUGGGCCAGGCCAAAGCCAGGAGCCUGGGACUCCAUGGGUCUCCCACAUUGGUGGAAGGGUCCAAAUACUCAGGCCAUUUUCACUGCUCUUUCAAUCAGGUUAGCAGGGAACUAGAUUGGAAUUGGAGCAGCAAGGACUCAAGUCCUCUGUUUACAUGGGAUGCCAGCAUUGAUGGUGGAGGCUUAGCCUGCUGGAUCACAAUUCUGGUGACUAUUGCAGGUUCUGAAACGAAUCUCUAAGCAUUUUUCUCAGUGAGUCACAAAUGCAGAUUGUACUGCAGACAUUCCCAGGUUCUCUUUUUGGGCAAAUAAUUCCAUUGCUUUCAUUUAAUUAUGUAUAAUGUUAUUUCAAAUGUUUAUCAUUUGAAUGCUUUGGGCAAGUAUUUCCAUUGCUUUCACUUUAAUUAGGUAUAAUGUUAUUUCAAUUGUUUAUCAGUAGAAUAAUCAUAGACAAGGGCAAAAGCUAAUUUGUAUUCUUUGUCUUACCUGUAUUUUCUCUUUUACUUAAAAAAAUAUUUAUUAGCUUGAUAGAGAAAAAAGUUGAUGGACUGAGAGAUAGAGAACUUUGAUACUUUAAUUCACUUCCUAGAUAACCAUACCAAACAGGUGGGGCAGGACUGAAGCCAGGAUUGGGGAAUGGAAUCUAGGCCUCCUUCAUUGGUGACAUCACCAUUGCUUCCCCAGGUUUGCAUUAUCUGGGAGCUAGAAACUAGAGCUGGCAUUGGAAAUCAUAGACACUCUGAGGUGGCAUCAUAAACAACACUAAGCUAAAUGUCUGCCCUGUCUUUUAAUAUAUUUUUUCUCUGACAUAUUGGAAAUGAUAUGCAUGGUGUUUUCCUGGAAAUUGUUUUCUGUUCAUUCCCAUCGUAGUUUCACUGACGGUUUCUUGCCUUUUUUCUCAAUGCUUCUACAUACUUCUCCUUAACAUUUCCCAGUCAAGAGUCAGUAUUGCCCCUCUUCUAGCCUGCUGUGCAAUUCCCCUUGACAGAUGUGGCCUUUGUGAUUUGAACCUCCUGGUUCCCUCCAGCUUGGGCAUGUCUCACAGCCUGUAGAUCAUGGGUUUGACUCUGUUGAAUGCUCUGUGUAGCUUUCUAAACACUCAACAAGUCUAAUGUGAAACCAUAUCCUUCCUUUUUUCCUUCAUAUCCAUACACAACUGUCAGUGUUUAUUUUGUGACAGAGUUAACAUGUUGACUGGAAGUGUAUUAUUAUAGGUGAUGACAGCAUUUGAAGACCUGGCUGUGUACUUUACGUGGGAAGAAUGGCAGAAAAUGAACAAUGCUCAGAAAAUCCUGUACAGAGAUGUGAUGCUGGAGACCUACAGCAGCCUGUUCUCCUUGGGGCACUGCAUUACCAAACCUGACUUGAUCUUCAAAUUGGAGCGAGGAGAAGAGCCAUGGAUCGUGGAUGAAUGCUUGAAUCUGAGCCUUUCAGUGGUCAUGAAAAGGGAUGACCUGAUUAGGAUCAACCAGGAAAGUCAGGACAAAAAUCUGAAUCAGGAUUUUAUGAAAAAUAACAAGACAUCAGCUCUCAAGAGAAUUGAAUUAAGAAAAACACUUAGUUUAAAUUCAAGCCAUGUUCCAACACUGAUUAUUAAAAAGGGAAUCUAUUCAGGAUUGAAGCCUGAGGAAUGCAAUAAAUGUCACACUGUGUAUCCCCCCAGUGGGCCUGAUCAACUACAGGCUGGAGAGAAAUUUGAUAACACUAAGAUACCUGGAAAAUCUCUCCAGUUCUGUGAGCCUCUUAAUCAGCUUGAUAAUAUUCACAUCAUGAAGCAGCCAUUUGGGCCCACUGGACAAGCAAAAGUCUUCACAAGAAAGAUGUUCUGUAAAUCUGAGAGGGUUCAUAUGGCAGAAAACUGUAAUAAGUCAACUGUCACUUUUGGAAAAGCAAAGCAAAUAGAAAAAGCUAUCCAUGAAAAUUCUAGCCUCAAUAUGCAUCAACAAACUCACACAAGAAAGAAAUUUUAUAAGUACAUUAUGUAUGUUGAACCUGUCAUUCACCAGUCACAUCUUACAAUAAACCAGAGACUAAAUACAAGGGAAAAACUUUACACAUGUAAACCUUGUGGAAAAUCACUCAGUUUUAAUUCACCUUCUGAAUGUAAUGACUUUGAAAAAGCCUUUGGACAAAAUUCAGUCCUCAGGAAACAUCAGCAAAUUCACACAGGGGAGAAACCUCAUGAAUGUAGUGACUGUGGAAAAGCCUUUACACAAAAGUCAUACCUCAUAAACCAUCAGCGAAUUCACACAGGAGAGAAACUUUAUAAAUGCCUUCAAUGUGGAAAAGGCUUUCUGUGGAAGUCAGACCUCAUAGUACACCAGAAAAUUCACACAGGGGAGAGACCUCAUAAAUGUAAUGACUGUGGAAAAGCCUUUGGACACAAGUCAGACCUCAUUGUACACCAGCGAAUUCACACAGGGGAGAAACCUCAUAAAUGUAAUGACUGUGGAAACGCCUUUGGACACAAGUCAAACCUCAUUAUACAUCAGCGAAUUCAUACAGGGGAGAAACCUCAUAAAUGUAAUGACUGUGGAAAAGCCUUUGGACACAAGUCAGCCCUCCUCAUACACCAGCGAAUUCACACAGGGGAUAAACCUCAUAAAUGUAAUGACUGUGGAAAAGCCUUUGGACACAAGUCAAGCCUCAUCAUACACCAGCGAAUUCACACAGGAGAGAAACCUCAUAAAUGUAAUGACUGUGGAAAAGCCUUUGGACACAAGUCAGCCCUCCUCAUACAUCAGCAAAUUCACACAGGGGAGAAACCUCAUAAAUGUAAUGACUGUGGAAAAGCCUUUGGACAAAAGUCAAACCUCAUCAUACACCAGCGAAUUCACACAGGAGAGAAACCUCAUAAAUGUAAUGACUGUGGAAAAGCCUUUGGACGAAAGUCAGACCUUAUUGUACACCAGCGAAUUCACACAGGGGAGAAACCUCAUAAAUGUAAUGACUGUGGAAAAGCCUUUGGACAAAAGUCACAACUCAUAAUACAUCAGCAAAUUCACACAGGGGAGAAACCUCAUAAAUGUAAUGACUGUGGAAAAGCCUUUGGACAAAAGUCACAACUCAUCAUACAUCAGCGAAUUCACACAGGGGAGAAACCUCAUAAAUGUAAUGACUGUGGAAAAGCCUUUGGACACAAGGCAGGCCUCCGGAAACAUCAGCGAAUUCACACUGGGGAGAAACCUCAUAAAUGUAAUGACUGUGGAAAAGCCUUUGGACAAAAGUCAGAGCUACUCAUACACCAGCGAAUUCACACAGGGGAGAAACCUCAUAAAUGUAAUGACUGUGGAAAAGCCUUCGGACACAAGUCAGUUCUCAGGAAACAUCAGCGAAUUCACACAGGGGAGAAACCUCAUAAAUGUAAUGACUGUGGAAAAGCCUUUGGACGAAAGUCAAACCUCAUUGUACACCAGCGAAUUCACACAGGGGAGAAACCUCAUAAAUGUAAUGACUGUGGAAAAGCCUUUGGACACAAGUCAGCCCUCCUCAUACACCAGCGAAUUCACACAGGGGAGAAACCUCAUAAAUGUAAUGACUGUGGAAAAGCCUUUGGACACAAGUCAAGCCUCAUCAUACACCAGCGAAUUCACACAGGGGAGAAACCUCAUAAAUGUAAUGACUGUGGAAAAGCCUUUGGACAAAAGUCACAACUCAUAAUACAUCAGCGAAUUCACACAGGGGAGAAACCUCAUAAAUGUAAUGACUGUGGAAAAGCCUUUGGACAAAAGUCACAACUCAUAAUACAUCAGCAAAUUCACACAGGGGAGAAACCUCAUAAAUGUAAUGACUGUGGAAAAGCCUUUGGACAAAAGUCACAACUCAUCAUACAUCAGCGUAUUCACACAGGGGAGAAACCUCAUAAAUGUAAUGACUGUGGAAAAGCCUUUGGACACAAGGCAGGCCUCCGGAAACAUCAGCGAAUUCACACUGGGGAGAAACCUCAUAAAUGUAAUGACUGUGGAAAAGCCUUUGGACACAAGUCAGCCCUCCUCAUACACCAGCGAAUUCACACAGGGGAGAAACCUCAUAAAUGUAAUGACUGUGGAAAAGCCUUCGGACACAAGUCAGUUCUCAGGAAACAUCAGCGAAUUCACACAGGGGAGAAACCUCAUAAAUGUAAUGACUGUGGAAAAGCCUUUGGACGAAAGUCAGACCUCAUUGUACACCAGCGAAUUCACACAGGGGAGAAACCUCAUAAAUGUAAUGACUGUGGAAAAGCCUUUGGACACAAGUCAGCCCUCCUCAUACACCAGCGAAUUCACACAGGAGAGAAACCUCAUAAAUGUAAUGACUGUGGAAAAGCCUUUGGACACAAGUCAAACCUCAUGAUACAUCAGCGAAUUCAUACAGGGGAGAAACCUCAUAAAUGUAAUGACUGUGGAAAAGCCUUUGGACACAAGUCAGCCCUCCUCAUACACCAGCGAAUUCACACAGGGGAGAAACCUCAUAAAUGUAAUGACUGUGGAAAAGCCUUUGGACAAAAGUCAGUUCUCAGGAAACAUCAGCGAAUUCACACAGGAGAGAAACCUCAUAAAUGUAAUGACUGUGGAAAAGCCUUUGGACAAAAGUCACAACUCAUCAUACACCAGCGUAUUCACAUAGGGGAGAAACCUCAUAAAUGUAAUGACCAUGGAAAAGCCUUUUUCUAUAAAUUAUACUCACAUCAAAACAAUUCACACAGGGCAGAAACCUUAUUAAUCUAAUAAGUGUGGAAAAGCCUUUAUAAAUCAUAUGUUAUAAAUCAUAGCUCAUAUCACACCACAGAAUUCACAUCAGGGAGAAACUUCAUGAAUGCAAUGACCAUAGGAGUCACUGUGCAUUAACUUCCCAUGCAGGACCUUAAGAUUAUGCUUAAAAAACAGAGGGGAGAGUAUGGUACCCCCACUAUGAGUGUGUUAACUUUGCUCCUUUCACCGUAAAGUUCUUACAGGUCUCACCCCCUGGAGAGCCACCAGCAGUGAGACACUGGAGACCUUUCACAGGUGCAACCCAAUUGCCUCUGGUUUGAUGGAGGGACCCAACCACCCAACAAUGGAAGGGGCCUGAUCCCCUCAUAAUGAUGGGCAAAGGUUUUGCUUGUGCUUUCCAGAGAUCACUCUGCAGCCUGUGUGGAUAGCAACCUGAAAUGCCAAACCCUGGACCCAGUCUCUGAAAGCUGACCCCCUACAAACCAACUUCAGCACCUUUCCCUGAACAAGCCAUUCAUAGAAAGAUCCUCUUCAGAUGGGCUACAGCUUAAAUGGAAGGGACCUUACCAGGUGCUACUGAACAUGACUACCUCAGUAAAAUUAGGAUUAAUGUCUACCUCGCAAGUCCUCACAGGUGUACUCAAAAGACAUGCCUGAUUAUUCCUGUAAGCCAGAGAUCUUAAGCAAAAAGGAAAAGUAAAGCCUUUGCUUUCCUCACAUCAAGAGUGCUGCACCUGAAGGCAAGCAUGGUGUACCUGCCUCUUUGAUUCUCUCUGUUAUUAACAAUAAAACUCCUAUUGUGUUCUUCUAAUAUAAUUCUCUAUACUCAAGCUAAAUGGGUUUAUAAUGUAUCACCAUCCACUAUCUGGGAGUCUGUAGGAUGUGGUCUUUUCAUCUUAAAGGGGUACUCCACUUACAAUUGGUCAUGUUCCAGUUUUGCUCAUAUGAAUUUACAAACUUAUAUGUUCCAGAACUCAACAACUUCUGGGAGUCACUGACCAUGCAGGGGACACAGACAUUGGUGGUGACCAAGAUUGCUCCAGCUCACAAAGAGAAUUUGUUAGAUGAGAUAGGCAAAGACUUCCAGACUGAGGACAGGCAGGCCCUGAACUACAUCCCUCAUAAACAGGAAGCAGCUAUACAAGAUGUGAUGAUUCUACACCCUUCAACAUCCCUAGGAUUAAGGGAAUGGAGUCUCUGAAGGGGGAUGAUGCAGGAAGUCAUAUAUCAUUAGACUUGAGAACUGGAAGGCUACGCCUUCAUCACACUGUCCCUAGCCCCUGUGUGAUCUCAUGCCCCUGCUUUCCCAUACCUGUGCAUCGCCUGCCAAUUACAAAGGCCUGAAACAUGGUGGGCCUGGCCUUUUUCCCUUUGCCCUUCUUUUCCUCCCUGCCCUUAAUCCCUGUGCUAGGCAUUAUUCAAUUUAAUUUAAAGCUUAUUGUGGGCUGCGGCUUGUUGCCCUGCCACACUAAGCAGAGUCACACUUGCCCUAAAACAAAGGGAGGAGAUGUGGGUGAUCCUGUGAGACUUUCUGCCUAACCCAUGUGGCUAGCCUGACUGAUGGUGGGAGGUGGGAGCCUCAGGCACAUUUUCUCCCACCCCCACCUUCUGCCAAUUAGGUAAACUGUUGCUGGGGGUGCUUCAGGCCCACCUGGAAAGCUACCCUAACUAUGAGACCUUCAAGCUAAUUGGAGAUGCAUAUUGAUGCCAGUGUUGGUUCUAUCCUAUAGAGUUAGGGUUGCCCUGAAUUAGUUAUGCCCCUUCUGCCUGCCCUUUGAAAGUGUACAUGGUCAUUAAUAAAGGUGGACAUGUUCACUGAAGCCUGUCCCUGGUGCUUCCUGUGGAAGAACACCAUUGCCUCACCCUCCCCGAUGGUGUGGGCCUCACAGGACAAGUCCACAGCUCUUGGCCUGCUCCCUGCUUGGUAUGGCCCCUACUUAAUUUCCAAACUUUCUCCUUUAGAUAGAGCCCUCACUCUCCUAUGUGUUUCUCUCACUGAAUAAAAGCUUAAAAACUCAGCUUAUCAUCUGGUCUAUUUGAGCCAGUAUUCAGAAUUUGUCUCUGAAUUCAUGGCAAGAACCCACACAGAUUAUUAAUUUCAGAAAUAUUAAUAAGUGCUGAAGUCUCAGGGCCUAAUUAUGGAGUCUUUUAUUUCUAAAAGCCAGUGGCUGCACAGGGGCGUGUGCUCUCCAAAUCAUACUGCCCUGAAGGAGCUCAAAGUUAAGCUUCUAAAGGCCAAAACCAUAUCUUGUUGAAGUUAAUUACAAAGCCAAGCAUUUGUUACAGGAGCUAGAGCAAGCAACAUUAUGCUUAUCUUGGGGAUAUUAACAAGUUUCCCAGUACUUAAUGUAAAUAAACUUACAAAAAACCUCUCAGAAGAUUAGUUUUGAGUAGCUAGCAGUUGUGGGACUGGUUAGAAAAAAAUAGAGGACAAUCAGGGACAAAAUGGAGUGAUUCUGGUCAGGCCAUAGAUCAUUUGCACUUGAAAAUCAGUAAAACUUAGCCUGAGGAUCUGCAGCACCUUCUGUAUGGACCCACAGGCCCCUCUGACUUUGACCACCUUGACUUCAGCAUGACCCUGGCAUGGCUCCCCAUUCUCUGUUACAGGAAACUGGGUUGCCAGCAUCACUGCAGAGAACAAGGACAGACCCACAGUGACAGGUGGAGCCUGGAGCUGGAGUCUCUACAAGGGGCAAGGACCCAUGGCAGUGUGGCCAGGAGUUCCCCAUGUCUCACAGAGGACAGUGAGUGUGCCUCUGGUGGACUUCCUGUUGCAGGCAGAGGAUUGCUCACUUCAGGACUGGUUACUACGUGAAUCAUGCUGGCUGUGAGGCCUUAGCUCCUUGCAAAUUUUGGCUCAUGCGUUGGCUGCCUAAAAUUAAUCUCAGAUAUGGUGAAGCAGGCCCCACAGCACUGCUCAGUUUACGGCAUGGCCUCUGUCAGCAAGGAUAGUGUCAACAUAAAGAAGCCACACCACUGCCCCUGAGCCAAGCUCCCCAAAGCACUUGUCUGUCCUGAUGUCUGAACACCAGCCUGUUUUCAUAAUCAAUUUCAUUGUGACAGGAUGAAGACGUCAAUAAAACUGGAGAAAAAGUGGGAGAAAUCAAUGUAAUUCUACACACUUUUCAAAAGACAAAGAGGAAGAAUACAUCCGGACUAAUCCAAAAUGCAAACAUUAUCCAACUGCAAUGAUUGAAGAAAUCAAAUUUCCACAUGAGCAGUAAUAUAAAAAUCAAACUAAAUUUUGAAACAGGAUAUUCUUCAAUAGGUGAAUGUAUGAGUAAACUGUGUUGUAUCUCUGAGAGACCUGAGCCUGGAUCAAGGCACAGCUAUUUUAGAAUAGGCCUCCAUCUUGUAACUCGGGCCUGACCGAGCCCUGAACCCUGAAGCUCAUGAAAGAAAAAAUAAAUGAACUCCCCUUGCAAUAAGCCCCACCUAGCAACAGCCAAUCAUCAGAUAGCAGGGAGAUACCUAAAGUUUCAGGUGUCUUUUCAGGCACUUAAGGUAACUGAUUAUAUCCUGAGAUCCUGCAGUUUGGCACAUAUACCCUAGUGGCUCAGACCCUAUACUUUAGCCAAUCAUUUUAAAAGGCAUCAACCCCGAAGCCAUCCCACCACUUUUAAUAGGUCCAUUCCUGCUGCUGGAUGCACUAAUCAAUUUUAAGAGAUGUUCUUUGAAUUUCCCAUGGAAGAGAUGAUUUGCUGAAUGGUGCUAGAAUGCAUAGAUUGUCUCUGAAAACCCUAUAAAAACCCCAUUCACUGAAGUUGGGGCUUUCAACCAGACCCGUGGCAUCAAUGACAGUUGAUCGCCCAAGCCCAGACCUGCAAUAAAACUCAUGUGUUUUACAACAGUAUAGGCUCCUUGGUGGUCUUUGGGGACAAUCUAAGUGGGCAUAACAUAUCAUAUGAAAAAUUUUAUUGCUAAAGGAAAUGAGCUCACAAAUCAUGUGGUCCAUUAGCAUUUUAUACCACAUCCUGUUUCAACAGCCUGAACAUGCAGAUGAAUAUCUGUGAGAUGGGAUAACUUCAGUCAGAGUAAAGUUAAGUUUCAAGAUAAAGUCUGGGACCUGGCACUGUGGUGUAGUGGCCUAAGCCUCUGCCUACAGUGCCAUAAUUCCAUGUGGGCACCAGUUUGAGUCCCUGCUGCUGCACUUUUCAUCCAGCUCUCUCCUUUGGCCUGGGAAAGCAGUAGAAGAUGGCCCAAGUCCUUGGGCCCCUGCACCCAGGUGGGAGACUCGGAAUGAAGCUCCUGGCUUUGGAUUGGCCCAGUUCUGGCCAUUUGGGGAGUGACCAGCAGAUGGAAGAUCUUUCUCUCUGUCUCU